AUGAGCUUCAAAGUGGGACAGAGCGUCCUAGUCGACGGGCUGCGAAGUGCCCCCCAGUACAAUGGCGAGAGAGCCCUGGUGAACGACUUCCUGGGAGGCAAGGUAGAGAUAAAGCUUGGAGGCGGCAAGACCAUCUUGGUAAGGCCGGAGAAGCUUCAGCUGCUGGAGGAGCAGGAGGUCAGGCCAAGGUCGUCCAGGAGCUCCAGCAGGACCCCGAGCCCAGAGAAGUUCGAAGAGCACUUGGGCCGAGGACAGAGCCCCCACAGGAGGAGGUCAGACGUGUCCUACCGGGAGUUCCGCAAGACUCAGAGGCACAGUGAGCUGUCGGCCGGCUACAGCAGCGAGGAGGGGAGCACUUCAAGGCGAUCGAGCAGGAGCGGCAGUCGAUCAUCUAGCGGACAGAGCUCACCAGGGGAGGGAGGCAGCGCCGGAGCGUUUGACAUGAAGUACCUGAGGAAUUUGUUCCACCGCUGCGACCUGGAUCACAAUGGAGUGCUGGACAAGGAGGAGGCCAUGAGGGCGCUGGCAGCUCUGGGGCUGCCGGAGGAGAAGCUGGAGCCGGUCUUCCGUCUCAUCGACACCAACGCCGACGGAGUGAUCAGCAAGCGAGAGUUCAAGGCCCUAGCUCUCCUCCAGCUGCAGACCGAGGGGAUCUCACUGAAGCCCGUGGAGGCUCAGCCUGUCAGCUGUCGUGCGAAGUGGAUCACCAACCCUUGGAAGAGUCUGAGUGACCUGGACCGGCGGGCUCCGGCCCCGGCAGUGAGCAGCCGUCAGGAUCUUCCGAAGGUGUUCGACUACUGUGACAGGGACUGCAACGGGUUCCUCAGCUUCGAAGAGGCCCGGUACGCGCUCAAGAUGGUCGGGGCCAAGGAGGAGGAGAUGGAAACCCUCCUGAGACAGCUGGAUGUGAACAGGGAUCAGAGGAUCAGCAAGGCUGAGUUCAGCAAGGCCUACCGGCUAGUUCACGGGGAGCAUCAUGCUGAACAUCACCAUCACCAUCAUCGUCAUCAUCAUCACAGCCAUGACAAGUCAGAGGAAGUAGGAGCGGGACGGAAGACCUGCAGCAGCUCGCAGGAGCCGAGGUCUUCUGAUCAUGGCGUCGAAGACAUCUUGCAUGAUAUCGAGUUUCGGCGGCAUUCCGACGGCUCGAGUCGCUUCCAGCAGCUGGAUCGCGAGAGGAUCUUUGCCAAGCAGCAGGUCAAGCCCAAGGAGGCUGCGGUGGAGACGAGCUACGUCAGCGCUCUCUCGCUCGAGGGGAUCGACCGAGUGUUCGAGAGGUUCGACAAGGACGGCAACGGGAUACUGGACCCUAACGAGGUGAUGCUGGCGCUGAGAGCGCUGGGGGUCCCAGCAGAAGGACUUCACACUGCGCUCCAUGCGGUGGAUGUCAACGGAGACAGGCUGGUGUCCAGAAGCGAGCUGCAUCGUGUAGCCUCCUUGUUUGAUAGCAACGGGCGGUUCAAAAUUUGA